UCAGAGUUUGGCAAAGGGGCCCCGACCAGCCACUCCAACCAAUACACCCAUCAUGGCGUUGGUGUUUAUGUGUGUGUAAAAAUCAGGCACUUGAAUAGACACCCCCCCAGCUGCACCUGUCCCAGGUGAGCAGCUCUCGGGGUCCUUCCUUCACCUUGCACGCACGUACGCACUCAGUGAUGAGAGGUCGAGUUUGGGCCUGGCCGCGCCCUCUCUCUUCUACUGUAAAGCCGCAGCCAGGAGCCUUUGGAGGGUGUUACAGGGAUGAAUAAUCCUAUACCUUCCACCUUGAAAUCAGAAGCAAAAAAGGCAGCUAAAAUAUUACGAGAAUUUACAGAAAUAACUUCCAGAAAUGGACCUGAUAAGAUCAUACCAGCCAAUGUAAUAGCUAAAGCUAAAGGCCUUGCAGUUUUGUCUGUUAUCAAAGCUGGAUUUUUGGUAACUGCUCGAGGAGGCAGCGGGAUUGUAUUAGCACGCCUUCCUAAUGGAAGUUGGUCUUCUCCUUCUGCAAUAGGGAUAGCUGGCCUUGGUGGUGGAUUUGAAAUUGGAAUUGAGGUGUCGGAUUUAGUAAUAAUACUGAACCAUGAAAGAGCAGUUGAAGCUUUUGCAAAAGGUGGCAAUCUUACACUUGGAGGAAAUUUUACAGUGGCAAUUGGGCCUUUGGGGAGAAAUUUAGAAGGUGAUGUUGCCGUACGAAGCUCAGCUGCUGUCUAUACAUACUGCAAAUCACGAGGGUUGUUUGCAGGGGUAUCUUUAGAAGGAACAUGUUUAAUUGAAAGGAAAGAAACUAAUCGCAAAUUUUAUGGUCAAGAUAUUCGAGCUAGUGCCAUUUUAUUUGGUGAUGUACCUCGUCUUACUCAAUCAGAAGAUCUGCAUGAAAUUCUGGAUUGCUUUACUGAACAAUAUGAAAAUGAGGAGCAGAAAAACAAUGCAAGGAAAGCAGCAAGGGAACAAAGGAAGGCUAAUGAUCCACCUGUUAAACCAUCAUCGAGGCCACAAUCACGUAAACCACCUGUGUAUGCUGCAACAGCAGCUGUAAAAAAUCCACACAAACUUUAUCCUGAACUUCCCAAUUACCAUCCCACGGAGGAGCUCCAGGAAGAAAUCACAGCCAGUGUGGUACAGGCUGUCCAGAACCGUCUGUGAUUUGAGGGGCGUGUCAAAACCGUACAGCUAAGGGUAGCCUAGAAAUCCUCCCUACCUGUAAGGGGUUAAGAAGCUCAAAUAACCUUGUUGGCACCUGACCAAAAGGACCAAUGGGGAAAGAAGAUACUUUCAAAUCUAUGCGGGGGAGGGAGGCUUUUUUUGUGCUUUUUGUUUGUGUGUUCCCUGGGGAAGCAGAGAAGCAUCAGGUCAGAAAACUCCUUCUCCUAAAAUCAUCCUAAAAUGAGUCUCAGUAUUGCAAAAAGAGUAAGUAAAUAAGGCAAGGCACAUUAGAUUAUCUUUUGUUUUUAGCCCGGGAAUUUUCCCUGUGCUAAGAGGGAGGUUUAUCCCUGUUUUUUUGUCCCUUUAAAGUUUUGCCUAGAGGGGAGCCCUCUGUGUUUUGAAUCUGAUUAGCCUGUAAAGUUACCUUCCAUCCUGAUUUUACAGAGGUGCUGCUUUUACUUUUUUUUCUCUUUAUAAUAAAGUUCUGUUUUUAAGAAUCUGGUUUACCUAUUUGGUUGGUAGAUUAUUCUCAAGCCUUCUCAGGAAAGGGGAUAAAGAGGAUUGGGGGGAUAUUUAGGGAAACAGGAACUCCAAGUGGUUCUUUUCCUAAAUCUUUGUCUAACUCACUUGGUGGUGGCAGCAGUACCCAUCCAAGGACAAGGAAGGAUUUGUGCCUUGGGGAAGUUUUUAACCUAAGCUGGUAGAAAUAAUCUUAGGGGGUCUUUCAUGUGGGUCCCCACACUGUACCCUAGAGUUCGGAGUGGGAAGGGAACCCUAACAGUACUAAAAUAUUUAUACAUUGGCUAAACAAUGACAGCAGCGCUAGAGAGAUAUGAUAAUUAUCCACAAGUAUUUAGAUGAUGUACACAGCAAGUAGGGAGAAAACCUAUGGGCUAGUCCUGCUUCUACUGAAGUCAAUAGGAGUCUUGCCAUUGACUACAGUGGGAACAGGGUUAUACAAAUGAUAUUAAGGGGCCCAGUGGAGGCCACGUAGGUGUUAACCAUUCCCUUUGAGGUGUCUCCUUUUACUCAAUAGCAUCACCUGUCUCCAUUAACAAACUCUGAAUGUGCUAUUCAGUGCCCAACGACACGUUUAACUAUAAACUGUAAAGACCGAGCAGGGAAAUGGGAGGAAAUUAUUAAAUAUAUAGCAAAUGAGACAUGACACAGUGUUUGGAGAAAGAGCUCAGAGCAUGAGUUCUACAUUUAUAAGAGUAGAUCAUAUAAGCAAUGCUAAUGUGUUGUUGUUACAUUUAAUAGACAAAAUUAUACAUUUAAAUUUGAACUGCCUUUCCAAAGAAGUUAUAACUGUUUUAAUUCUUCAAAAUGUAAUUUGUUAGGUGACACUUGCAUUUCUAUUUUUCCUCUGAGUUAUUUUACCCUUUUUAUUCCUUCAAUGUUUUAAACCACCAUAACAUUCAGGAAUGUGAAACCUCUAAAGUAGAAAAAAUACUUAAGAAUAUCAUUUUAUUGGGGUUUGAGUCAUUUCAGUACCAGAAU